AUGAAGAUUUUUGUAGCACUUUUGUGCUUUUUUUCAAUGUUAAAUUUGACGUUUGGUCUUUCAAUUCCAAUGAAUGGAAUGCAACGGAAGAGAGAAUUAAUUUUCAAGCAUCAACAACGCGGUGUUGUUGAUCCGAUUUCCUUUCUUGAACACAUCAAGUUAGAAGUUGACAUUCCACCUCUUCCUAGUUUACCAAGUUUACCUGACCCACCGCAACUACCCUCACUUCCCCAUCCAUCAUCAAUCGGAAAGCUUCUUCCAGAAGUUAGAACGAGCAUUCAAUGAAAGUUGGAUUGAAACAUUUAUCCUAUGUUAUUUGAAUGAAAAUGUCGUCCACGUGUGACAUGAAGCAAAUCUAAUGUUUCGAAAUG